AUGAAGUUCAGCGCUACCAUUCUUUCACUCCUCCCGGCAGUCCUCGCUCUGCCCACAGGCGAAGAUGCAUCUGUCUCAAAACGACAGAGCGUGAACACAGUGACAGAUCAGCUCCUCUUCAGCGUCACACUUCCACAGUUUACCGCUCGUCGCAACGCUCGCGAUCCUCCCACUGUUGACUGGACCUCUGAUGGCUGCACUUCCUCGCCUGACAACCCUUUCGGCUUCCCUUUCAUCCCUGCUUGCAACCGUCAUGACUUUGGCUACCACAACUAUCGCGCUCAGAGCCGCUUCACUGUGAGUGCCAAGGCUCGCAUCGAUAGCAACUUUAAGGCUGAUUUGUACUUCCAAUGUCAAUCCUCAAGUGUCUCUGGUGUCUGCAGAGCACUUGCCGAUGUCUACUACGCCGCGGUUAGGGCCUUCGGCGGAGACGAUGCUACUCCUGGCAAGAGAGAUGAGAAUCUUGUGAAGGAGUAUGAACAGAAGGUGAAGGUCUACAACAAGCUUGUUGAAGAGGCACAAGAGAAGGGCGAACUUCCUCGUCUUGACUAG